GUGCUUCGUGUACGGCUCAACAUAUGGCAUGCAUGGCCGCUGAAAUCCAUUAUGGAGGAUAGGGGAGUUUUCGACGAAUAAAAUACACUAUUACGACUAUAACUAUCGGAUAGAACCCGAUUUUGGAAUAGCCAAAUUUUGUGGCCAGCCAAAUUAUUGAGGUAAAAUAUCAAAAAAGCAAUCACACACAUAAACUAUGAGUUUUCCCCCUGGCAUGGCCGGUAUGGAGGAUGACAGCGGUGGCAAGCGGCCGCGGGGAAAGAUGACCCCCUAUGCUUGCUUCGUGAAGGUGAUUAGGGCAGAACACAAGAAGAAACACCCUAAUGAAAGUAUAGUCUUCUCUGAAUUUUCCAAGAAAUGUGCUGAAAAGUGGCGACAAAUGACAGAGAAAGAAAAGAAGAGGUUCCAGGAAAUGUCAGAAAAAGAUAAGGAAAGAUUCAAUAAAGAAAUGUCAUACUACAGCGCAGCAGGAAAUAUGGGCCAGAUGAAUAUGGGUGGUGGGAAGAUGGGCGGCAAAGGAAGCAGGAAGAGGAAGCGGCCGAAGGAUCCUAAUGCUCCCAAGAGGGCGCUCUCUGCAUUUAUGUGGUUUUGUAAAGCAGAACGACCAAAUGUAAAAGGGGCGAAUCCCGAGUUGAAGAUGGGUCAAAUCGCGAAGGUUUUGUCUGAGCAGUGGAAAGUCUGUCCAAAUAAGCACGUCUACGAGGGCCAAGCAGAUAAUGACAAAGAACGUUAUCGGGAGGCAAUGGUACACUGGAAGAAGAUUGCCCCUCCUCCAUCCACGUCAAAGCAUCACUAUCAGGACGGCAUGUUUGGACACCAUGAUACACAUCAUCAUCACAAGGUGCCCAGGGACCCUGACUUGCCAAAGCGACCUCUAUCUGCAUUCAUGUGGUUCUGCAAGGCUGAACGGCCGGCAGUCCGCGAUGCAAACCCAGAACUGAAAGUCGGCCAGAUUGCACAGAUUCUUUCAGAACACUGGAAGGCGUGUCCAGACAAGACGCGGUUUGAAGAAGAGGCGAAUGCUGACAAGCUCAGAUAUAGAGAGCAAAUUAAUGAAUACAAAGCUAUGAAUCCAAACCGCCCCAAGCAAAACCAACAACAUCAUUUCAAUGACAUGGGCUUCGAUUUGGGUGGACAUGCUCCACACAGGUCACACAGCAAACCACCCAGAGAUCCUGAUCUGCCAAAGAGACCACUGUCCGCAUUUAUGUGGUUCCAGAAGGCCCAGCGGUCUGCCGUCUCGGAGACUAACCCUGACCUGAAAGUUGGCCAGAUUGCCCAGAUCUUGUCGGAGCAGUGGAAAGUGUGUCUCAAUAAAGAACAGUAUGAGGAGCUGGCUAACGCUGACAAGAGGAGAUAUGCUGAGGAAAUGAAAGUUUACAAGGCAAAGAAGGGUGAAGUGCAUCACGUGAGACCCAGUCCCAGUCACCCUGCGAGUGCAGCUGUUGGAAUGAUGCCCUCUCCACAAUCUAUGGCUCAUGCCCAGGGCCACCUUCCUAUGCCCCCUAAGCGUACGCGUACAGACCAAGAGCAUUCAUCCUCAGGAUCAGACUCGUCAGGUUCAGAGUCGGAUAGCGAUGAGGAUGAUGACGAGGAGGAGAGUGAUUAAGUCAUUGGUUUGUUAAAUAAUCAGGAGAAAUGGACAACAUUCGGUGGCCGUUUAACCCUCUAUGUGCUGAACUCUCAUUUUGCAUUGCCGUUGGUGAUAGAAAGUGUCUGUUGGUUUGAUGCGGAUUAAACGGUUCUAAAAAUAACUUGUGUAUCUUGAUGUAAAAACCAAAAUGUCCAUGUGAGAAGUGUUCAUAUCAGAAUUUGAAUUGAGAAGUUGAUACAGAACUAAAGGUUCUAGUUGUCCAACCAAACACCGCAAGGCCAUGGGUGAUGGCAGCUCCACUUGUGUGGUGUUUGUCGAGACAACCGAUUCAUCAUUUUCCCAAUCUUUGUUUUGUGCGCGAGCAUAGACCUUUUUCACCGGCCUCAUGCCAGGCAAUAUCUUGAAUGCCUAUCACAAUGAAAUUCACCACGAGUAAGCCUCCUAAAAACGUGUCCAGUAGAAUGAAAACAUGAAAAACAAAGACAAGGUCUUGGAUUUUUGCGGAGUGAAAAUGAGGAAUACAGACAGUGAGGUAUCAAUUUCUAUUCUCAAAUACCUUCGGCUUGAUUUUAUUGGGUAUGAUCCUCUGAGUGUCUGCUUUUGACACAUUUUAUGCCAACCCAAGAUGUCAUGGUUGUCUCACCAAAACUUCUGUGGUGAAAACGAGGCUAAGACAUAAUCCUUAACGAAUAUAUUACCAAGGUGUUUUAGAAUUGCCACUCGAGGUAUUGCAUUGAUCUCCACUAGGUGUUGCCAAUUAUCUAUGCUCUGAGAUUUCUGUAAUUUUCUAAACUGGGACUAUUACAGCGGGGUUAGAAUAUUACAGAUUUGGUCAUCAAGCAUAUUUAUUUGAAAAACGACUGUUUGCUUCAAAGUUUGCGAUCGUGAUGCUAUCAUUGUGUGCUGUAGGUUGUGACCUUCAUGGAGCACAAUGAUUUCAAGGUCACGCCAGACAUAGUGUAGAAUUCUUCUGAAUUAUUUUCUUACUCAUUGCACUUGAGGCAAAUUGUACUCUUUUUGCCGAAACUUUUUUGUAACAUGACUCGUGCAUUCUGUUGACAUUUAUCUGAAUACUUCUUGAGGUUUGACCAAUGAGUUACUUUUGCUUCAUUGGAAACCAUGAGCAUGAAUUGAUUAACUUCAUAAGUUUGCCCUCCCUUUUUGAGUAAAUUUCUAACUAUUGUGAUAUUUAUGACAUCUCUGCAUCAAGGGAACACAAUAAUUGCUCCUUUCACAGUUUUUUUGUCGUUACUGUGGAAAUGACAACCUCUCCCAUUUCUCUUCACUCCCACCAAGAAUAUCAUCACCCUCUAUGGCACUGAAAACAUUUUCAGUUAAAACUCAUCAAGUAAUCAGAUAUGUUCGUCCGUUCUAGGCCUAGAUAACUUGGUUUGUAAAUAUUAGUUAUAGAUUUAGACAUUAUGCUAGUCCUGCUGGAUAUACAUGCGAGUUUCAGUCAGUGAAACAAAUGAACAUUAUCAUGAGAAGUUUAUUUUUCUCAUGUUGGUGAUUUUAGAAAUCUGAUGAUUGGCCGCUGACAUUUUGAUGAGGUGUGGCCACUGCUUUGUGUUGUCCUUUCGUGUCUUUGUAUUCAUGAUAUAUCUUGCACCUGGGACCUCGUUAUUAAACGUCAGAAGGACUGGAACGGACUUGUCUAAACCCAACCGAUUGAACGGAGCAGUAGGUCAUGAGUGCAUGAAAAGGCCUAUUGCAACCAACAGUGUGCAAGGUUGCUGCCUGUGUCAUCAUUGGAAGUUUUUCGCUACAAUUGUUUGUUUCGGUCAUUCUGGUGUUUGGGAUAACUACAUAAUGCGAUGGGAGUCCCAGGUCAUUUUUCAGGUGCCUUUUGAAAUUUGUUGUCACGUUCUCAAUGUUGGCAGAACUUUCUGACCGUUUUUUUCCGCAAUUUUGGAGAUAAUGAUUUAUAAUGAAUGAUCUUUCUGAAGGUGUAAUUAGUAUUCACAAUUCGUCUCAUUCGAGGUCACGUGGUUUUCAAGUAAUGUUUGUUUUGUUAAUAUUUCUACAAUAUAAAUAAAGGUAGAAACAGUUGAAAAGUAAUUGAGGGGUCUUAGGUUAACAGAAUUUGGUAUGAAAAAUUUGAUGAAAAGUUCAAAAAUAUACCCGUUGUCAAUGUUUCACCGAUACAGACAACCUCAAUGUUAUUGCUUUGUUACCAUGGUUACUGGCAGAUUGUCCUGGCCAAAGUGUUGAAUCGAACGGACGUCAACAUUUAAUGUGAAAAAUUUAAUCCCAAGAUAUUGGUUAUAGAUGACAAAUCUAUGGAAGCCAAGGAUGUUCAAUCAAAACUUGAACAGAAUCCGGCCGUGAUAUAUUACAAAAUAGACUCGUUCCAAAUUGUAUAUUUUCCUUAUCUCACCUCAAGUCCACUGAAGGAGUCCAAACGGCAAUGAUUUUAGGAAAUGUACCUAAGAUGUUGUUACAUGUUUUUCCAAGCUUGGUAUAUUUCAGAUUUUCCCUGGUAGUACAUUCCAGUUCAUCCAAUCAGUAAAGAGACGUUUUUGUAAAUCAAAAGUAUUGCUUCACCUUAAUAACUAUUGUCUAAUUUUAAUAAUACUCCUGAGCUUUGAUAAAUUUGGUGAUUACCUUGUCAGUUAUGUUUUUGAGUGAGAUAGAUUUUCAUUUCAUUCGACAGUGUUGUUCAAUUGUCUUUUUCUGGCUAUAAUCUGUCUGAUAGAAUUGGCCCUUGUUGACGGUCUGACUUUUGGAACAGGUUUUAGUCUUUGAAAAUUGACAACAGACUGUUUCUUAUUGGGUCAACACAACACUAACUGUGUGGAAUGACUUUGUUGACAUAGAUCUGAGCUGGUAUCAGGAGCUGUGUAUCCACUUUUCAUAAUCAAGUAAUUUUGUCAUCGCUAAAUUGUAAUUUUUUUGGUCAAGUGCUCGAUGUUAGUGUUGCCAAAAUUUUCCAGUAAAUUACUGAGACAUACGUUCUGUUAAAUUUGUUUUUCUUGUGCUUGCCGUAAUUUCAUGCGAAUACACUGGGGACAGACUGUGCCAGCCGUCAUUCAAAUUGGUGCACACAAUCAGCUCUGUUGAAAUAUUUUGACACUAUAAUCUAAAAACUUAAAUUUCUCCUUGUUCUUUGUAUAAUAUACACCCUUCCUCAAGACUUUCUAAUUUGUGAAAUAAAACUGGUCUAAACAAUAAUGACUUUUUAGGUACCUGAGAGUCUGGAAAUUCUUGUUACAAAAACAUUGAACUGACCCAUUAACUGUCUUUGCUUUGGGAAUGUUUUCUAAGUGUAGGUUGUUCAUGGGGGAUAAAACCAUUGCAAUUUGAACUGUCUUGAAGGACACCCAUGGCCCACCAUGGUGAAUUCCCAGAGGUCUUGCAUCAGCUUAAAUUCUCAAAUAGAUGAGUCAACGUGAGUUUUCAUGGAAACCUAAGGGCAUACUCCAAGGCGUUCCUCUGUCUGUAAUGUAUAAGCCAUUUUAAGUUACUUGUCCAACGUUAUAUUUUACCACGGUCAAGAUGUAUCCUCAUGUGUAGCACCAAUCCAUGUAUUGGCCAGUAAAAUGUUUUAAACCAGA